AUGAGCACGCACGCUAUUCCGUUCCCUCCGAGGCCGCUCUUCUCUCAGGAAUCCAUGUCUCGGCGAGAUGGUACAGACGCUUUCCCGGCCUCCAGGGACGGCCCAGUUGCAGGAACAGUCCGCUAUCGACCACGGAAAUGGUGGCAGCUCGGCGGCAAGGACGUGAGCCACGUGUCCGUCGACGCAGGCUACGAAGCCUGUCCAUCUCCUGCGUCGUAUUCCUCGCUGGAGGACGCCAAGAGGAGCGAGGGCGUCUUUGUUGCACCGUCACCAGAGGCCUUGGAGGUGUAUAAGCCCGUCGAGGGUUUCGAAGGCACACACCGAUUUCACCCCUCAGCAACCUGGUCACAUGAGGAGGAGCGACGGCUUGUUAAAAAGCUGGAUUGGAAAAUCGCCCUUCCCGCGUGCCUCAUGUUCUUCGCAUUACAGCUCGACCGUGGCAACAUAUCACAAGCGCUGUCCGACAACAUGCUAGGCGAUCUCGGAAUGACCACGAAUGACUACAACAACGGCCAGACCAUCUUCUACUGCUCUUUCCUCUUUGCCGAGCUGCCGUCGCAACUCAUCAGCAAGAAACUCGGCCCGGACACUUGGAUCCCCAUCCAGAUGGUAUCUUGGAGCAUCGUCGCCGCCGCACAGGCCGGCCUCGGCGGCCGACCAAGUUUCUACGUUUGCCGCUGCCUGCUGGGCCUCAUCGAAGGCGGCUUCAUCCCCGACGUGAUCCUCUACCUGAGUUACUUCUUCACAAACCCCGAGCUGCCCCGGCGCCUGAGCUGGUUCUGGACGUCCUACCAGGCAACCCAGAUCGUCGGCGCCUUUCUGGCCUACGGCAUCCUGCAUCUUGGCGGCAGAGGCGCGCUGGUCCAAGGCUGGCGCUACAUGUUCCUGCUCGAAGGCAUCUUCACCGGCCUCAUCGGCGUCUGGACCUGGCUGUACCUCCCCGCGUCGCCCACGCAGACGGCACGCGGCCGGUACAAGGGGCUGCUCCGCCCGAGGCAAGGCUGGUUCACGGAGCGAGAAGAGGUCAUCAUGGUGACGAGGAUCCUCCGCGACGACCCGGGCAAGGCCACCAUGCACAACCGGCAGGGCCUCGGCUGGUCCCUCCUCAAGGACGCCCUCCUCGACUACCACCUGUGGCCCAUCUACCUCCUCGGCCUGACCUGGAGCAUUCCCGCCACGCCCCCGCAGGCGUACCUCACGCUCACCUGCAAGGCCCUGGGGUUCGACACCUUUGAGACCAACCUCCUGACCAUCCCGGCCUACGCCAUCUUCAUCCUCCAGCUCCUCUUCUGGACGUGGGUCUCGGAAAAGGCCAACCAGCGCGUGGCCACGGGCCUCGUCACGCAGCUCUGGGCGCUGCCCCUGCUGGUCGCCCUGGUGUCCCUUCCCGCCGCGUUUCCCAACAGCAACUGGUCCAAGUGGGCGCUGUCGACUCUGCUCGUCGGCUCGCCGUACUGCCACGCCGUCCUGGUGGCCCUGACGUCCCGCAACUCGGGCUCGGUGCGCACCCGGACCGUCGGCUCGUCCCUGUACAACAUGUCCGUCCAGAUGUCGAGCAUCAUCGCGUCGCAGAUCUACAGGGACGACGACAAGCCCUACUACUACAGAGGAAACAAGAUCCUGCUGGGGCUGGUCGCGUGGAACGUCGCGCUGAUCAUCGGCAUCAAGGCCUACUACGUCGUCGUCAACAAGCGCCGCGACGAGAUUUGGUCGUCCAUGACGAGGGAGGAGCGGCUCCGUUACUUGAACACGACAAAAGACGAGGGCAGCAAGAGGCUGAAUUUUAGAUUUGGACACUAG